AUGGCCACGUACGAGGAGUUUAUCCAACAGAACGAAGACCGGGAUGGCAUACGGUUUACGUGGAACGUAUGGCCGUCGAGUAGGAUCGAGACUACAAGGCUGGUGGUGCCCCUAGCAUGUUUGUACCAACCGCUGAAGGAGCGGCCCGACCUGCCGCCCAUUCAAUACGAACCCGUGCUGUGUACGCGUAACACUUGCAGAGCUAUAUUGAAUCCGAUGUGCCAAGUGGAUUAUAGAGCUAAAUUAUGGGUGUGCAACUUCUGCUUCCAAAGGAAUCCUUUUCCUCCACAAUAUGCUGCCAUUUCCGAGCAGCAUCAACCUGCAGAAUUGAUUCCAAACUUCUCAACAAUAGAGUACACUAUCACCCGUGCCCAGACUAUGCCACCGAUAUACCUCUGGGUUGUUGACACAUGCAUGGAUGAAGAGGAACUUGGAGCACUGAAGGAUUCUCUCCAGACUUCAUUGAGUCUUAUGCCACAGAAUGCCCUGGUUGGAUUGAUCACAUUUGGCCGUAUGGUCCAAAUCCAUGAGUUGAGCAUAGAAGGCAUUUCCAAAUGCUAUGUCUUCAAGGGUACCAAAGACUUGACAGCGAAACAGAUUCAAGAACAACUGGCUAUUGGUCGUGUUAAUGCACCAAAUCCCCAGCAACAUCCAGGGCAACAAACUCCGUUGCCACCAGCACACCGGUUCCUACAACCUGUUAAGCAAUGUGACAUGGCGCUUACUGAUUUGCUUGGAGAACUUGGGCGUGAUCCUUGGCCUUUGGGCGUUGGUAAGAGACCACUCCGUAGCAGCGGCGUGGCCCUUUCACUAGCUGUGGGUCUGUUGGAAGUAACUUACCCUAACACUGGUGCAAGAAUCAUGAUGUUCCUCGGAGGUCCCUGUUCUCAAGGUCCGGGCCAGGUUGUCAACGAUGAGCUGAAGCAGCCUAUCCGUUCUCACCAUGACAUUCAGAAGGACAACGCCAAGUACAUGAAGAAGGCGAUAAAGCAUUAUGAAGCAUUGUCAAUUAGGUCCAUAGCGAGCGGUCAUUCAAUUGAUAUCUACUCAUGUGCCCUAGAUCAGACAGGUUUAAUGGAGAUGAAACAGUGCUGUAAUUCUACAGGUGGCCACAUGGUAAUGGGUGAUUCUUUCAAUUCAUCCCUAUUUAAGCAGACAUUCCAGAGAGUAUUCGCUAAGGAUACGAAGGGUGAUUACAAGAUGGCCUUCAAUGGAACAUUAGAAGUGAAAUGCAGUAGAGAACUGAAAAUUUCGGGCGCAAUCGGUUCGUGCGUAUCUCUGAACGUGAAGGGUCCGUGCGUGUCUGAUCAGGAGGUGGGGAUGGGCAACACCUGUCAGUGGAAGAUGUGUACCUUCACACCCAGCACCACUAUGGGGAUAUUCUUCGAGGUGGUAAACCAACACGCCGCAGUCCCUCAAGGUGGUCGCGGCUGCGUGCAGUUUAUCACGCAGUACCAGCACUCCAGCGGGCAGAGGCGCGUGCGCGUCACCACCGUCGCUCGAAAUUGGGGCGACGCGGCGGUGAGCAUGCACCACAUCGCGGCCGGGUUCGACCAGGAGGCGGCGGCGGUGGUGAUGGCGCGGCUGGUGGUGUACCGCGCCGAGCUCGAGGACGGGCCCGACGUGCUGCGCUGGCUCGACAGGAUGCUCAUCAGACUGUGUCAAAAGUUCGGCGAGUACGGCAAAGACGAUCCGAACAGUUUCCGUCUGUCGGAGAACUUCAGUCUGUACCCGCAGUUCAUGUACCACCUGCGUCGUUCGCAGUUCCU